AUGGAAAGAGUCAACGUGUUCUGUGCGUGUGUGUCCUCUGACGUGUUCUGUGUGUGUGUGUCCUCUGACGUGUUCUGUGUGUGUGUGUCCUCUGACGUGUUCUGUGCGUGUGUGUGCUGCAGGUAUGUGACACAUCUGAUGAAGAGGAUCCAGAGGGGUCCGGUCAGAGGAAUCUCCAUCAAACUGCAGGAGGAGGAGAGAGAGAGGAGGGACAACUACGUACCAGAGGUGUCCGCUCUGGACCAGGAGCUGAUUGAAGUUGAUCCCGACACCAAGGAGAUGCUGAAGCUGCUGGACUUUGGCAGUCUGUCCAACCUGCAGGUCACCCAGCCCACCGUCGGCAUGAACUUCAAGCAGCCCCGAGGAGUCUAAACGUCUGUAAAGUAUCUUUAAUAAAACCCUUUGGGGAAAAAAACAGA